AUCUUUUCCUAUGAGUUGGCAGUCGGUAUGGCUGGGCGCCAACUAUUUGUUUGGGCAUUCUUGCUUUUAUUAACAGCAUGCACGGGAGACGACAAUCUAACAUCAAACAAAACCAAACAUGCGGCAAACAUAAAGUUAAGAAACACACCCAACCGUACUGGGCCCGUUUCACUUAACUUUACCACACGUUCACCUAUAAAUUUAAUAACAACAGUUUGAAUUCCCAAAAAUUCACUAACACGUUAAAUUUUUCUUCAAUCAAAACUCGAACGCUAAAAUAUGCUGCGUAUAAUUCGAGAAAGUUAAACCUUCAAAAGACCAAUAAUCAUAAUACUCGCCAUUCUCCAAUACUUAAGAAUCGGCCACUAAAUUCAUCAACUUUUCACCCUCAAGAACUCGAUCACGAUGUGCUCAAUCCUACUAUCCCUGACAGUAUGCUAAUUUAUGAUAAAAACAUGGAAAAAUGGCUAGAAGAUACAAUAGUAACGUUACCAGAUAGAAAAGCAAAAACCUCCCGACACAUAAACGAAGGACUUCAUGAUCAUAAAAAACGAGUUAACAAAGAUAAAGAGGAAUCAAGGAGACGCUCUGAACUGUUCGUCGAUAAUGACAUCAUUCUAAAUAAUAAAUAUGAACUGGAAAAAUUGCGGAUCCACGAUCCAGUUUUGCCGAAUUUUGAUGAAAACGUAGCUGAUAUUGCCGCAAAAAAAAUGCACCAAAUGAAAUCCGAACAUUUGAAACUGAAAUUGGAUGAAGAAAUGUCAAAAUCAGCUCGUAGAGCGGACGAUUUUAAACCUGGCAAACUGAGGAUUAAUCCAUUGGAUAGAAUAAUAGAUCUCAUGGACCAGUUUAUAGCUCAAGCGCAUCACAAACUGAUAAAUGGAGAGUUACUAAAACUAAAAUACAAAGUGUUUGUGAAGUAUAAGAUCGGUUAUGUGUUCGGGUUGCUCAGGAUUUUGAAGCAAAAUCAGUUUAGGAUGUACUCGAGCAUGCAUUUCUAUCGCUUCUACACGCCGAAAGUCGAAGGCACGAAUUAUCUCACGUCAAUGGUUGACAUGAGUUAUUUCUUGAAUUUGUACGAGAAGCUGACGCGGCUUGAUGACGAUAUCCUGACGCUGGUAAGAUAUCUGUGGCAGCUGAACGAGAAGCGUCUGGUGGAGAAGGCGAUUGAAGCCACGAAGUUCCCGAAGAGGUACAAGUCUACGCCUGGCAGAGAAGUUUAUUGGUGGGAUACGUUAAAAGUACCAUCAUAUAAAUAUAGAUACCAAAUAGGUAGAUAAUAUUUAUCCUGAUUUUCACAUGGUUUCUCAAAAUUUACUAUUUUAUUAUUAGGUUUAGGUACAUACCAAAAACAAUAAAAAUAUUCAUUCAGAAAAAAAAGUUCUUUAAAAUAUCUUCUAAAAUGAAACUUUCUAGGUAUAUUUAAAUUUAUUUUUUAAUCAUGCAGAAACGACUGCG